ACGAAAUCCGGUUCGUACUGUACCGCCGCUACGUUACUUCCUCUUCAACACCAGUCGCUUGGUCCUUUCGUUUCUUUUAGCGGAUCCGCGUAAAACAUGGAGAAUCGUUCGAUAUCCAAGAAGAGGAAGUUCGUAGGAGACGGUGUCUUCAGGGCCGAGUUGAACGAGUUCCUGACUCGCGAGCUCGCCGAGGAUGGCUACUCGGGUGUGGAAGUCCGCGUGACGCCAAACCGCACAGAAAUCAUUUUACUGGCCACACACACGCAGAGCGUACUCGGUGAGAAGGGACGCAGGAUCAGGGAACUCACGUCUGUGGUGCAGAAGCGUUUCAACUUCAAGGAGCCACAGAAUGUUGAGCUAUACGCGGAGAAGGUCGCGACGCGUGGUCUGUGCGCGAUUGCCCAAGCCGAGUCUCUUAGAUACAAGCUGAUCGGUGGUCUCGCUGUGCGAAGGGCGUGCUACGGUGUUCUGCGUUUUAUCAUGGAAUCGGGCGCCAAAGGUUGCGAAGUGGUCGUCAGCGGUAAACUGCGUGGUCAGAGAGCGAAAUCGAUGAAGUUCGUCGACGGCCUGAUGAUCCAUUCCGGUGAGCCGACCAACGAAUACGUAAACACCGCCACCCGGCAUGUACUCCUCCGACAAGGUGUGUUGGGAAUCAAAGUUAAAAUCAUGCUGCCGUGGGAUCCUAACGGCAAGAGCGGACCGAAGAAACCGCUGCCCGAUUACGUGUCGAUCGUGGAACCGAAGGACGAGGUACCACCGAUGCAACCGAACUCCGAGGUGAAACCGUCGAAGGACAUACCUCAAGCUGCCCCACUCGCUGUGUAACGAUCAUUUGACUAAAACAAUAAAAAUUUAAAACAGGA